GAGGGAACAAGUACAAUGUUCUGUUCUGUCAUGAACUAUGUUGCUUUGAGAUUGCUUGGGGAAGGUUUGGAUUCAAGUGGAGAAAUGCUGCAAGCUCGGAGUUGGAUCUUGGACCAUGGAGGAGCAACUUCAACACCAUCUUGGGGAAAAUUCUUUCUUUCGGUCCUUGGGGUAUAUGACUGGUCCGGAAACAACCCAUUGCCACCAGAAAUAUGGAUGCUUCCCUAUUUCUUGCCUAUUCACCCAGGAGGAUCUCUAUUAUCCCCAUUCACAACUGCAGGAUAUAGUAUGGGGGACUCUAAAGAAAAUUGGUGAACCAGUUCUUAUGAACUGGCCUGGCAGCAAGUUGCGGGAGAAAGCUCUGGACAUUGUCAUGAAACAUAUUCAGUAUGAGGAUGAAACAACACAAUAUAUAUGCAUUGCUCCUAUGAACAAGAUGUUGAAUAUGAUUUGUCGCUGGGUAGAAGAUCCGAACUCAGAGGCAUUCAAACUCCAUACUGAAAGAAUCUAUGAUUUCUUAUGGGUUGCUGAAGACGGCAUGAAGAUGAAGUCUUAUAAUGGCAGCCAGCUGUGGGAUACAGCUUUGACAGUUCAGGCUAUAUUUGCUACCGGCCUCACAGAAGAGUUUGGCCAGACAAUUAAACUUGCCCAUGACUAUAUCAAACGUUCCCAGAUUCGUAUGGACUGCCCUGGAGAUCAAAGUAAAUGGUAUCGUCAUAUAUCUAAAGGUGGAUGGACACAUUCAACAGCUGAUGAAGCGUGGCCUGUAUCCGACUGUACUGCGGAGGCACUGAAGGUUUUGUUGUUGUUAACUAAGUUCCCUCCUGAAUUGGCUGGUGAGCCCAUGGAAACAAGCAGGCUUGAUGAUACAGUCAACAUUUUGUUGUCUUUGAUGAACGAUGAUGGUAGUUUUGGUGCAUAUGAGCUAACAAGAUCUUAUGAAUGGCUUGAGUUGCUCAAUCCUUCCGAGAGCUUUGGGGGCAUAAUGAUCGAGUAUCCAUAUGUUGAGUGUACAUCAUCAGUAAUUCAAGGGUUGGUGCUAUUCAGAGAAACCUACCCCAAACAUUGUCGCAUGGAAGAGAUAGACAACUGUAUCAGAAAGGCUGCAGACUACAUUGAGAGCAUCCAACGGAGUGAUGGAUCAUGGUAUGGCUGUUGGGCUAUUUGUUUCACAUAUGGUACAUGGUUUGGGGUGAGAGGAUUGGUUGCUGCUGGUAGGUCUUACAAAAACAGCCAAGCAAUCAGAAAAGCGUGUGAAUUUCUGCUGUCCAAGGAACUUCUUCCGUCAGGAGGAUGGGGAGAAAGCUACCUCUCCAGUCAAGACAAGGUUUACACCAAUCUUGAAGGGAACAAGGCUCAUGCAGUUAACACUAGUUGGGCCAUGCUGGCCCUGAUUGAUGCCGGGCAGGGCAAAAGAGAUCCUGCCUGCCUACAUAGAGCAGCCAAGGUUCUGAUCAAAUUCCAAUCAUUGGACGGAGAGUUCCCUCAGCAAGACAUUAUCGGAGCUACCAACCACAACCUCAUGCUCACUUAUGCCCAAUUCAGGAACAUCUUCCCUAUCUGGGCUCUUGGGGAGUAUUAUCACAGAGUGCUGGAAGUACAAAAGGACUAACCAUUUUAUACAGUGGUUAAGAAGACAUACUUGUAUAUAAAUAUAACGUAGAGAAUGUUGAUCUUUCUUGGAUAUAGUACUGGUGGGCUUCAACAUUCCUUCAGCUACUCCACAUCGACAGAAGAUCUAUUUGGCAUGAUCAAAGAGAAGGUUGACGCCACAUGGUUGUACACGCUAGCUCUUAGUGGUAGUAGAUAGUAUGGUCCUACAAUGUUAUUAGGUUUAGUUGUAAGCUAAAAAAGAACGGGUACAAGGAUUUUGUGAUACUGAAUAUGCCACGCUUGUUUGUAAUCAAAUGGUCUUUUUAUAUACACAUGGCUUCAGGUUGUGUGCUAGAAAUAAUCUCUGGGAGAAUUGAUCCUGCA